AGGGCUUGUUCAUCGUCCUUCUGCUUUCUGGCUCUGUGACGGUUGACCUGCCGCGGUUGGAUCGUCACGGUUGAGGCAAAAAAGAAUGGCUUCUCGCUCUCUUUGGUCUGCAGAUUCAGCUGCAACCAUCUUCUGUUCAAGAACCCAAAGUAAUGGAGAGAAGACAGGGCAGGGGAGUUUCAUGCUGAGGACAAAAUUAAACCGUCCAAGGCCAUAUGGCUCCCGAGCUAGCGUGAGGGCAUCAUUGAGCGGUAGCUUGAAGCCAACUGAAAUUCCUCGUCAAUGGUACAAUUUAGUCGCUGAUUUACCCGUUAAGCCUCCUCCACCAUUGCAUCCUAGGACGUUUCAGCCGGUUAAACCCGAAGAUUUAUCCCCUCUUCUCCCUGAUGAGUUGAUCAAGCAGGAAGCUAGUCUCGACAGAUUUAUCGAUAUUCCUGACGAAGUUCUUGACAUUUACCAGCUUUGGCGUCCGACGCCUUUAAUAAGAGCGAAGAGAUUGGAAAAGCUUCUCGACACUCCUGCCAGGAUCUACUACAAGUAUGAAGGUGUUAGCCCUGCUGGGUCGCACAAACCGAACUCAUCCGUGCCUCAAGUCUGGUACAAUGCACAGGAAGGCGUCAAAAGGGUCGUUACUGAAACUGGUGCUGGCCAGUGGGGGAGUGCAUUGGCCUUCGCAUGCAGCUUAUUCAGUCUCAACUGUGAGGUAUGGCAAGUCCGUGCAUCAUAUGACCAAAAACCAUACCGUAGAUUGAUGAUGCAGACUUGGGGCGCAAAAGUACACCCGUCUCCCUCAGAAAUUACUGAGGGCGGUCGUAAAAUCCUCCAAGAAGAUCCAUCUUGCCCAGGCAGCUUAGGCAUAGCUAUUUCAGAAGCUGUAGAAGUAGCAGCUGCUAAUGCAGACACCAAGUACUGCCUCGGAAGUGUCCUCAACCAUGUUCUGCUACACCAGACGGUCAUCGGCGAGGAGUGCAUAAAACAAAUGGAGGCAAUAGGCGAAACCCCUGAUGUGAUCAUAGGGUGUACCGGGGGUGGAUCAAAUUUCGCAGGACUCAGUUUCCCGUUCAUUAGAGAGAAGCUCAAGGGGAAUAUCAAACCCAUCAUAAGAGCCAUCGAACCAGCAGCGUGUCCUUCGCUAACAAAAGGCGUGUAUGCAUACGAUUAUGGCGAUACAGUGGGAAUGACUCCAUUGAUGAAGAUGCAUACUCUGGGGCACGACUUCAUUCCUGAUCCUAUCCAUGCUGGAGGGUUGCGUUACCACGGCAUGGCACCACUGAUAUCUCAUGUGUAUGAGUUGGGUCUCAUGGAAGCAAUUGCCAUUCCCCAAAUUGAAUGCUUUCAAGGCGCCAUACAAUUUGCCAGGUCUGAAGGGAUAAUACCAGCGCCGGAGCCAACUCAUGCCAUCGCCGCAACAAUAAGGGAAGCCCUCUCGUGCAGGGAGUCUGGAGAAUCAAAGGUCAUACUCACAGCAAUGUGCGGACACGGCCACUUUGACUUGGCAGCUUAUGGGAAGUAUCUGCAGGGAGAUAUGGUUGACUUGUCAUUCUCCGAAGAGAAGAUACGUGCAUCGUUAGCUAAAAUCCCUCAAAUCCCUCGAGUAGCAGCCCAACGUUGAGUGAUUAGAUACUAGAGAGAGGAUAUCAUUUUGUAAUAUUCUACUGAUUUUCACGGUGCUGUAAUUUCUCAUGGAGUCGCAGAGUGAUGGUUCGAAGGCUCAAAUGGUCGUUGCAUUAAUCUUGCGGCAUUUGGCUACUUGACAUCAAUUUGAGAUUUGUUUGUGUACCCCUUUGCAAAUUUAGGACAAGCACGCCACAUGUUUUUGGCUACUGUAAUGGCAGUCUAUGGAUAUUACCUGCA